AUGGAGCAGAUACGGGAGAUGCUCCACGAGUUUGGGCCCGACCGGUUCGCUACUUAUGUCUACGCCGGUCUGGGCGGGAUCGCCGUUGUUUCCGUCGUGGCGUUUUUUCUGUUGUCUUGGUCGUGGAUCGUCGCCAUCAUCAAUGUGUUUCUCGGCUUCGUCGUCUGGCGCCACCUCACCCUCCAAAGCUCACACCCCCCCCUCUCAACCGGCCGCCGCUGGAUCUCCCGGCGCGAGCCUCGCGUCCCCAACACCUCGAACCUCCCCGCCGUCUACUACCUCUACAUCCUCGGCUCCGGCGGCCACACUUCCGAGAUGCUCGAAACCAUCCGCCGCAAAUUCAUCCCCCAAACCAACGCCCACCGGCGCUACCUCGUCUCCCACGGCGACGACGAUUCCCUCCGCCGCGUCGCCCAGCUCGAGACCCGCAUCUUCAACUGCCUCCGUCCCAGUCCCAACCCAGACCUCACCCCUGCCCAAAACGAGGAGAUAAUCACUCCAGCAGGCACGCACGACGCCUUCCUGAUCCCCCGCGCCCGUCGCGUGCACCAACCCCUCCUCACCGCCCCCUUCAGCUCCCUCCGAACCGCCAUCCACGCCAUCAACGCCCUAACCCGCGAACCCAACGACCGCCCCGCAUCCCGCUAUCACGCCCAUUUCAAAUACCCCCACGUCAUCAUCACCAACGGCCCCGCAACAGGCUUCAUCGUCUGCCUCGUGGCCCACCUCCUCAAGAUUUUUUACCUCGCCCCGCAAAACCGCCUUAAGAUGGUGUACAUCGAGUCCUGGGCUCGUAGUCGCUCCCUGAGCCUUACAGGGAGACUCUUUCUCUGGACGGGGCUGGCCGACUCGUUUUGUGUGCAGCAUGAGGGAUUGCUGAAGAGGUAUCCCGGCCGGGGGCUGUUGUUUGUGGGGAAGGUGGCGGCACGGUUGGCACCGCCGGGUUAG